CGGUGUCGUAUAAGAUUGCAUGAUGAAAAGGAAAAUAUAACCUGCAAUAUUUGAAUUGCACAAUUUAUUGAAUUAAAAAUUUUGAAACGAAAAGUGUAUUGUUAAAGAUGAAUUAUUCGCCGGUAGAUAAUAUACAUGAGUUACCGGAACAACGAACUAAUCAAAAAUUUGAACCGUUGGUGUUAACACCUGAAGAAAUUAGAGUACUGGAAGAUUGUGGAAGAGAAGGAGUAAUAAAAAGAGCAAUUCCUUUGGGAGUAAUAUUUGGAAUUGGUGGAAUGAUGGGUGCAAAGGCAGGUCCUCUCAUGAGUUCCAAAUAUGGACUUAAACCUGCUGUUAUAGGACUUGGAGUGAUUGGAUAUUUUAUUGGUAGAAUUUCAUAUAGUAAACUUUGCUUUAACAGAGUUUUACAAGUACCUGAUGGCAAUCUGCGUAAAUUUUAUGAUCAAAAAAGAUCAAGAGGAGAAUAUGUUGAUCCUGCAGAAAAUUAUUAUGCUACUGUUGAACCUAAAUACGAACCAAAUCUCUCAGGACAAAUUACUAAUUCUGACAUUGACAUACCAUCAAUCAACAGUUUUGAUACAACUCCUUCUGAUUACUAUUCUGAAAAUACAGAUGCUCCAAAAGAUGCUCCACCUCAAAAUUACACUUCAUAUGAUGAUUUGAGAAGACAGAAUAGAGAAGAAUAUUCAAAAAAAAUGUAUAGUGAUACUGUAAGAAGGACUUAUCCACAAGAAGCACCAGUUAGGAGGCCACCACCACCACCACCACAAGCUCAACCUUUGGAACAACCAAGGGGUAUAAAGACUAAAUAUGGAGAUAUAUGGGAUGCUUAAAGUUAUUACAUGGUAAAUAGUUGAAGUGUGUGCAUAAAGUAAAAUGUAAGAUAAAAUGGAUUAUUAAUUUUUAAAGUCUCUAAGGAGAUUUUUAUAAAUAACGUAAUGUUUAA